AUGUUCCAAAAUGGGGAUAGAUUUGAUUUAUCCCAAGACAGAAACAAACCUUUCAAGUUCAAAACUGGUGAACAGGAAGUCAUCAAUGGUUUUGAAGAGUACCUAGCGCAGAUGAGCUUGGGGCAGAAGGUGAAGCUGACCUGCAUACAUGAUGUGUCAUAUAGAGCUCCAGGCUACUCUAGUGUCAUCCCUCCCAGUGCUACCUUAUCUUUGACAUGGAACUGCUCAACUUAG